UUUUUAGUAGUUUCAGGUCUUACGAAACCCACUUAGUACAAUGUCUGAAGAGCAUUUUGCCUUACUUUCAUUCCUAAACUCUUUUGUUGAUUCUUGAUUCCUCAGAUAAUGGGUAUCUGUUUGAGCAAAACUAAACCAGCAGAGUCCAAGUCCCAUGGGCACCAUAGAUCAGGAGGCGGGGGUGGGGGAGGAGGACAUCAUCAUCAUCGUGGAACCCAUCAAACUCAGAUACAGUAUACAAAAUCUCCAGGCCAAGAAGCUCAAUUACCCACGAGGCCUCAAGCAAGUCCAAAACCAGUUUUCAAGCAAGAAACCAUUUUAGGUAAGCCAUUUGAGGACGUUAAGGCACACUAUACACUAGGUAAAGAAUUGGGUAGAGGUCAAUUUGGGGUGACAUUUCUUUGUACUGAAAUAGAAACUGGUCAUCAAUAUGCUUGCAAGUCAAUAUCAAAGAAGAAGCUUGUUACAAAGUCUGAUAAGGCUGAUAUGAGGAGAGAGAUUCAGAUUAUGCAGCAUUUGAGUGGACAGCCAAAUAUUGUUGCAUUUAAAGGUGCUUAUGAGGAUAAGAGUUCAGUGUGUCUUGUUAUGGAGUUGUGUGCAGGUGGAGAGUUAUUUGAUAGGAUUAUUGCUAAAGGACAUUAUAGUGAAAGCGCUGCUGCAUCAAUGUGUAGAGCAAUUGUUAAUGUUGUCCAUGUUUGCCAUUUUAUGGGUGUUAUGCAUCGUGACCUUAAGCCUGAGAACUUUCUCUUGUUAGACAAGAGUGAAAAUGCUGCUUUGAAGGCAACAGAUUUUGGCCUGUCUGUGUUCAUUGAAGAAGGUAAGGUGUACAAGGAUAUAGUUGGGAGUGCUUACUAUGUUGCCCCUGAAGUCUUACGGAAGAGUUAUGGCAAAGAAAUAGAUGUUUGGAGUGCAGGUGUUAUGUUGUAUAUACUACUCAGCGGUGUGCCUCCCUUUUGGGCAGAAACGGAGAGGGGUAUAUUUGAUGCCAUAUUAAAAGAAGACAUUGACUUUGAAAGUCAACCUUGGCCUUCUAUAUCAAGUAGUGCAAAAGACCUGGUCCGCAAGAUGCUCAAUAAAGACCCAAAGGAACGCAUUUCUGCUGCUCAAGUUCUUGAGCAUCCUUGGCUCAAGGUAGGUGGAGUCGCAUCAGAUAAACCAUUAGAUAAUGCUGUCCUCUCAAGAAUGAAGCAAUUCAGAGCUAUGAACAAACUCAAGAGACUUGCUUUAAAGGUCAUUGCUGAGAAUCUCUCAGCAGAUGAAAUUCAGGGGCUCAAAUCAAUGUUCCAUAAUAUUGACACUGAUAAUAGCGGCACAAUCACGUAUGAAGAAUUGAAGAGUGGAUUGGCCAGACUUGGAUCAAAGCUCACAGAGGCAGAAGUUAUGCAAUUGAUGGAAGCGGCUGAUGUGGAUGGAAAUGGUUCUAUCGACUAUAUUGAGUUCAUCACUGCCACCAUGCAUAAACAUAGACUAGAAAGAGAAGAAAACCUAUACAAAGCAUUCCAGUAUUUUGAUAAAGAUGGCAGUGGGUUUAUCACAAGAGAUGAACUCGAAACAUCUAUGGAAGAGCAUGGAAUAGGCGAUCCAGCUAGUAUAAGGGAAAUAAUAUCUGAAGUAGACGCUGAUAAUGAUGGAAGAAUCAACUAUGAGGAAUUUUGUACAAUGAUGAGAAGUGGAGCUAAACAGCCAGGCAAGCUCUUCUAGUAACACGACUUUCCUAGUUGAUGGAGGCAAACCUUGGGAGUGAUUCUUCAAAAUUUGCACUAUGGACUGUUGCACUGCCAUAGGGAAGACAUCAUACAUGGCCAACCUUAACUAGUUGGAGUUUCAAAGCUCCCAAGUGGAAACCUGUAAAUUGGUGAUUAUUGUUUCUAGAAUCUAUGUUCUCUGUGGUUCUUUUUUCUCACUUUUGUAUAAACUACUUGUCUACUCAUUAGUUACCAAGUUAUUUUCUAUCCCACAAAGAUGACGGAGGAAAUGGGUGAAUAUAGCUAUCUACAAUUUGAAUGGGAGAAAAUAUCCUGUAAAAACCACUUGUGUUGCUUUUAGAUUUCUUAUAUUCUAAUAUAUAGAAGAGCCUUGGAAGCAGGCGAAGUUCGUCAUGCCUGCUUUCAAGGGAAAACAAGUCUUUUCACAAA